UCCAAGUGAUGCUUCAAAUUCGUCACAGACAGAACCGCUAGCUGGGCGGAGAAAUAAACCUCCGGAGCACACUGCCACUGUUCCUACCACUUCAAACCGCGCCGGGGAGAGAGUCGCUUAAUGCAAGAUAAGUAGAAGAGGGACAAAAACCUCAACGAAAGUCAUCCUAAAACCGGGGAAACAUCAUCACAACGUGUUACAACUUGCAGUUCCUGUCUUUCUACGCUGCUGCAUCCGGGUUUUUCGGGAUUGCUACAGUGUAUUUGUUUGCAGUUGUGAGACAAAUUUCAACUUCUACCUCUUCUGAUAGGGGUUUCGUUUCUGUUUUCUGUAGUUGUCAAAGCGGAAUGAAUGACAAAGACAAAGGCUGAUGUUCAUUCGCCAACUCACUUUGUCUCGCCCAAGGAAAGGAGACACAGGCACAAAAUGGAAAGCGGGACGGAGAACGCCAACGGCGGGCAGGCGCAGCCCCAACAACAGCACCAGUUCGAGCAACAGCCCGUAGUGCAGUCCAUCCAAGUGAACGAGAAGAAAAAGAUCAACCGGGCUCCGUCACCCGCUAGACCCAAGGAUGUGCCUGGAUGGUCCCUCACCAAGAUCCGGGGAGGCAUCGGUACACCAACACUGAGCGUUAAACCAGGAUCCAUACAUUUAGGCAGCCGGGUGUCCAGGCGUAGUCCAGGUAGCGGAAAAGAGACCAAAUCAGAGAAAGGAAAACUGCCCGGGAAAUCCACACUAUCGGUUGCCAGUGCCCAGAAGAGCGGCAGUAAAUCGAUGAAAGGUGGUCGGAAGAAGGUGGCGGAUGCAAGCAACGCCUCGGACGACCUGAGCAAAGACUCUGGUUGCGCCGCGGGCAAGCUGUCGCCAACGGAUAGCAGUUCUGAGAUCUCCGAUUGCGCCUCGGAGGAGAAUAAACUCUCCACCGAAGCUCUGAGUAGUGACACCGAAUCCAGCAGCCGAGGCGGGGGGGCUGAGGGCGAGAAACCGAGCAGGGACUGCGGAGAUGGACCACCGGAUAGGGGUACUCGUGGUGACCAUCAUGCCAAGACCCCCGCAGAUAAGGACCGACUCUCCUUUGGAGUGGAGACCGGGGAGGGGAGCAUUUCUCCGGGGGAUGAACGAUCUCUCACCUCGUUCGACAGCCGGGUGCCUGCCAGCACUUCCCUGGCUUUCUCCGACCUGACAGAAGAGUUCAUGGAUGGCAUGCAUGAAGAAUUUGUCAGGGAAAUCGAGGAACUGAGAUCAGAAAACGAUUACCUAAAAGACGAGAUGGAGGAACUGCGCUCUGAGAUGUUGGAGAUGAGGGACAUGUACAUGGAGGAGGAUGUGUACCAGCUGCAGGAGCUGAGGCAGCAGUUUGAGCAGGCCAACAAGACCUGCCGCAUCCUGCAGUACCGCCUCCGCAAGGCCGAGAGACGCAGCCUCCGCGUGGCCCAGACGGGACAGGUGGACGGGGAGCUCAUCCGGACCCUGGAGCAGGACGUCAAGGUGGCUAAAGACGUGUCCAUCCGGCUGCACACCGAGUUGGACUCUGUGGAGAAGAAGAGGGGUCGUCUGGAGCAGGAGAACGAGGAGAUGAGGUUCAGGCUCCAGGAGCUUGAGGUGGCCAAGCAGGUCCUGCAGGCUGAGAUGGAGAAGCAACGAGAGGUAAGACGUCAGAACUCUCUGAAGAAGCGAGGGGCUCGGCCAAACAACAAGCCAGAGAAGAAGCUGUCUCCCCAGCAGGAGGACAGUUCUGACCUCAAGUGCCAGCUCCACUUUGCCAAGGAGGAGUCAGCGCUCAUGUGCAAGAAGCUGACCAAGAUGGCCAAGGACAGCGAGGAAAUGCGGGAGGAGCUGGCCAAGUACCGUUCGAUGUACGGCGAUGUAGACGCCUCGCUCACCGUGGAGGAGGUCAACGACUCGCCCCACACGCGCGAGGCCGAGGUCAGAGUUCACCUGAAGCUGGUGGAGGAGGAGGCCAACCUGCUGAGCCGGCGCAUUGUGGAACUGGAGGUGGAGAACCGCGGCCUGCGGGCCGAGAUGGACGAUAUGAAGGGCCAGGAGCUGCCACCAGGCCUGGGGGUCGGCGGCAUGGGAGGACAUGGAGGAGGAGGUCUGGAGAACGUGAUGGAGCUCCAGAGGCACCUGCAGUUUGUCGAGGAGGAGGCGGAGCUGCUGCGGCGCUCGCUGUUAGAGAUGGAGGAGCAGAACAAGCUGCUGAUGAACGAGAUCAACCGCUACAAGUCGGAGCUGCCGCUGGCGUCGGACCCAGACCAGGACGACUCCUCGUCCAUCUCUCUCCUGGAGGACAGUCAUGGUGGGGGGGCUCUGAUCAGCACAGAGGCCCCCCAGGAGGAGCUGCUGCAGGCCGCCAGGCUCCAGAUCGGGGAUCUGAGUGGCAAGGUGAAGAAGCUCCAGUAUGAGAACCGUGUGUUGCUGUCCAACCUGCAGCGCUGCGACCUGGCCUCUUACCACAGCUCUUCCAGGCCCGCCCUGGAGACCGACGCAGAGGCAGGGGACUCAGCUGAGUGCCUCCCCAGCCAGGCUCACCGCGAGGGCCCCAUCGGAGGGGAGAACGAGCCCCUGGAGGAGAGGGAGAAGAAGACGUCCACUGGGUUUCCUGUCCCCCUGGGGCUGAAGGACCGUGAAUCCCUGCUAGCCAUGAGGGACCAAGCCCGCCUAAUCUCUACAGCCAUCCAGCUGCUGACUGCCUCCGACUCCAACUGCCCUUCCAUCUCCCUCUACCGCAAGAUCUCCUCCGGGGAGGCUGCAGAGCCAUGUGUCCCAGAGAAGAGCCAGCAGGCCCAGCCCUCGGAGCUCCAGGAUCUUCCCCUGGUGGAGGCUCUGACGGGUAGGCUGCGAGCACUGCACACCCAGCUCCAGGCUUUUGUGGAGUGGGUUGAGAGCCUAGGCACCACCCCCUCAGGGAGGGCACAGGUGGAGGGGGCAUCCCCCCUGCCUCUACUGUCCGAGGCUGGGGACUCUGUGGUGGGUGCACCCUCUGCCUCUCACCCCUGCCCUCCAGAUGACCAGGCGGGUGAGAUCCCCGCAGAGCAGAAGCAGCCCAACUUUAGGGACCAAUCAGAGCGCGAUGUGAAAGGUCAGAAGGAGGAGGGUGACAGCCGCACUGACCGCAACCAGACCCAGGAAACACAGGAGACGGACACAGCUCUGCAGAUCAGUGAGCUGCAGGCCCUUCUGUCAGAUGCGAGGGAGACGGCUCACGGGACGCAGGAGGAACUGACUCUGGAGAGACAGGCCCACCGAGACCACACCCACAGCACUUCUCAGACAGUCUCACAGCUGCAGGAGGAGCACCAGAAGGCCCUGACGCGGAGGGACUUCCAGCUGCAGAGUCUGAGUCUGCAGACGCGGCUGCAACAGAAGUUCUGGAGCCAAGAGAGGAACCUGAUGGUGCAGGAGUCCCAUCAACUCAAGCAGACCCUGCUGCUGCUGAGCCUCAAGCUGCGCUGCUUCCUCAAACAGUGGCGUCUGGGACGCAAGCUGGACACGGAGGCCAAGGAUGUCCUGGAGGUGAACAGUCUGAAGGACCUGUACCUGCUGUUGGAGGAGGAGAGUCUGGCCGCCCACCAGGGAGACAACAAGAUGGCCGCCGCAGAGGAGCAGCCCCUCAGCACCAGCAUCUCCAAGGAGCUCUGCCUGCUGGAGAAGAGCUACAAACAGACGAGGGGCGUGAGCAGCACUCUGGCGGACCUGAAGGGAGCGCUCCAGGAUCUGAGCGGAGAGCUGCGAGAGGAGCGCCAGGGCUCACAGGAACUCACCCAGCAGUUUGCCCGCGCCAAGGCCUCCUGGGAAGUGGAGAGGACAGAGCUCAAGAGCCUCAUCACCCAGCUGGAGAGCAAGUUGGGCCAAGCUGUGCUGGCCGGGGGAGAGAAGGACCUCCAAGGACCUCCCGACCUGAAGAUGGCCCUGAAGAGGGAGCGUGAGGAGUACCCGCACCUCCUGGCCGACUCGUACGCCGCCGUCAUGGACCUGACCAAGCAGCUUCAGACGGGCGAGAGGAACUGGAGCCGCGAGAAGCUGGAGCUUCUGGAGCACUUCAGUCAGGAGAGGGGCCAGUGGGAGCAGAGGCUACAGAACAAGAUGUCUCUGCACGAAAAAAACACCUCCGAAAGGGAAACUGCAACAGACGCUAUUACAAAUGGAAGCAAUUUACCAAGGACCAAAUCCAUCCCGUCCAUGCCAGAGUUAGAGGGUCUGCUGGAGGCCUGCCCUUUCCUUCCGGGUCAGGAGGUCAACGGGACAGCAAAUGAGGAGGGAGAGAAGGACCAGCCCAACACCCAGGCCCCUCCCCUUCUAGCCCACACAGACCUGGGUGACCUCACCAGGAAGAACUGGAAGUACCUGACCAAUGAGGUGGCUAUGAUGGAGCAGGGUAAUGCCCCCUUCAAGACGUGGGACUGCCCCAGCUCCCCCAGUAGUUUCCUGGGCCUGGGGAGCAUCCAGAGGAGCUACACGGCCCCCGACAAGACCGGUAUCCGCAUCUACUACAGCCCCCCUACCAUGCGCCGUAUGGAGAGCCGGCUAGCCAAGGAGAAGCAGGACAAACCUCAAGCGCAGCAAGGCCACCUGUCCCGGGCUUCAACUCCGUCAGACGCUGGGGCCCCGGAGGGCCAGCCUCCCUCUUCCUCUUUUGCCUCCUCCUCUUCGUCCUACGACCAGUGGCUGAGCUCUCUGUCCGAGCAGCACAGGGAACUUCUGGAGAACAGCAGCGGUGGCGCGGGGGUGGCGCCCUUCCAUGGCCUGGAGAUCUCUGCCAACCUCUCGGACGACAUGAAGGAGAUGACCAACUGCGUGCGCCAGGCCAUCCGCUCCAGCUCUCUGGAGAGGAAGUGCAGCAAGGACGCGGGCAGCCAGACGGUGGGGGUGUCUAGCCGCUCCACCCAGACGGCCCAGUUUGUGAGUGUGGGACUGCAGACGGACGGGCUCGGGUCUCGGGGGGUGGGGGGCCUCCACACCAAGUCCUCCUGGUCCCCCCGGCCCUCGUCCUCACUGGCCUCGGCCCGCUCACGCCACAUCUCCUCAUCCCUGGAUAAGGUGCACAGCCGCAUCGACAGGCCCUGCUGCUCGCCCAAGUAUGGCUCCCCCAAGCUUCAGCGCCGCAUCUCCGCCUCCUCCUCCAAGUUGGAAGGAGUGGGGUCGUCCUCGGCUUCCUCCCGGGAUCGCAGCCUGUGGAACCUGCACCAGCGCUCCUCGACCUCCAGCGGCUCGGCCUGGGCCCGCUCCACCACCACCAGGGACAGCCCCGUGCUCAGUGGCCUCAACGACGGCCUGUCCAGCCUGUUCAGUGUGGUGGAGCACUCAGGCAGUGUGGAGUCCCUAUGGAAGAGUGAGCCGGGGGUCAGCCCAGCCCGCCAGGCAGCAGGGAAGCCCUCUGGUCCUGCCCCCGACACCGGAGCCCAGAAAUACGGUCCCUUACAGGAAUUCUUCAGGAACGUAUGCGGUCGGACCGGAACACCCAUGCCUGGGGGAGGGGAGAGAGGGCAGAGGGAGGUGGGGGCCACGGAUGAGCCUAAGCCAGAGUGCCUCUCCGGGGCCUCGCUGGUGGGGAACGACAGUGUCACCAAGAUCGUCAACAAGAGGUUCAUGAGACAGAUGCCCAGGGAGGAGCUUGGGGCCAAUGCCAGGGACCCCACCGCCAGGGACCCCACCCCCAGGGACCCCACCGCCAGGGACCCCACCGCCAGGGACCCCUCCACCAGGGACCCCACCACCAGGGACCCCACCGUCAGGGACCCGACCAUGAGCUCUAACAUUGAGGAUGCAGUGUGUGAUUGCACCUCCCAGGCUCUGACUUCCUGCUUCGUCCGGCCCUCCCGCUCGGCCACACGCCAUUCACCGGGCCUCUGCAUCCACCUCUCCCAGGAGUCUCCAACGGCAACAGAGGAGAGAUUGGAUCCAAGCAAUGAGUGAUGGAUCAGAGAGAGCACGGAAGCUCACACUGCCACACACGCGCACACACACACACACACACACACACACACACACACACACACACACACACACGCAUGCUGCCUCGCCAACACACUGCCACAUAGGCUACAGUACUGUCACAAAAUGUACACACACACACACACACAAACAUCUUGGCUACACACACAUACAUACAUACACCUGCAAACCACCACACAAACACACUGCCACAUGCAUAAUGUACAUACACACAAUUCCCCACAAACUGCCACACAGAAUCACUGUCACACGCGCGCACGCACAGACACAGAUGUCUAGGAUUGGAACUAAAACCCAAGCAGAACGUUCUAAAGCCAAGGACAAAGGAAGACCAAUCUCCUAGGAUUCCUCUCUGACCAUCAUAUCCACUGUCAACUACCAGCAGGACAACCCCACUUCACACACAAGUCCCUAUAUAGUGCAGCAUUUAGGGAACAGGGUGCCAUUUUGGACAGUGUGUGGAUUUAUAUCAUGUCAGAACCCUCAGCACUCUACUUGACCCGGAAUUGCACAGGGGAAAACAUCCUGGACUAUUGAAUUACGACCUCUUGCCGUUGUCAACCAUCAACCAUCAAAAAACGCCUGUUCAACAUUUCUCCAUUGAAAAAACAUAUUUUUUUUUACGUCAACUGCCUGAUGUUAUGCCUGUUGUUUUUCCAAAAGACUAUAUAUGACUUAUGAUAUACAUCGCGUAUGAUAUGAUCCUAUGUUUCCUGAAGGUUGUUUGAAGGUUUGUCAUCUGCCUGCUGUUGGCACACAAUGAUAGUAUGGUGGUUAGGACUAUGAGGGGUGUCUCCCGUGUGUACUGUACUGUAGGCUGUAUGAGUAUAGGAGGAACUAUACUCUAUUUAAACCCAGCUGUAAAGAUAACUCCCUGCCAGGAAAACAACUCAAACUCCUUGUCCCAUUUCGAGACAAAAUGCAUUCCUUUGUUAAGUCACAAUUCCACUGACACUCUGGGUAAUCUGUUCAAUUGUGCGUGUGUUUCUCUUUCGUUGACUGCCGGUGUGUUCCUGUCCUCUUUUCUCCUGCUUUGUGUAACAACGUCCUCUGCAGAAGGUGGGCUCACUACUUUCUCACGUCAUCACUCAAUUCUUGAGAUCCUUGGUGUUAUAUGUUUCAUGAAAAAACAUAUCUUUAAAAUGGGGGGGGGCUUGGUUGUGAAGAGGGUUAUUUGUACCUUGAAAUGAAAUCCGAGACGAGAGAGACUGAGAAAUGGUCUAAUUAUAUUUGAUUGAUUCCUUCCAUUUUGGAGUGUCCCUUUAAGGUCUGAUAGCUGUCAGUCAGCCUGUUACUAUGGUGACUUUGAAGUGCCUGUUAGACUAGGUCAGCUCGCACCACACGGCAUUUAACAACUAGAACCCCAGAUUGUUGUUCUUGUAAUGAUUUUAGACACAAGGUGGAUAUACAGUAUACUCUUAUGUACACGUCAUGUACACAGAAGUAACAUGUCGUCACCAACUCUUAAAAGCACGGAGAGAGAGAGAGAGCGAAUGGUUUACGUUCUUUUGAUACCAAGGAACUUUUUUCAGAGAAGUAAAUUAUUUGUAAUUUUUUUUAUAUAUAUAAAUAAAUGUUUAUAUCUGUU